GACAUUGACUGUUAGUUUGACAUUGACGUCUUUCUGUUUCUUCGUAAUUUAUUUCGCAAAACGUAAUCAAUAGCGAAACGAAAAGCAAUUAAAUUAGUGCUUAGAAAUGUCGUUAGCUAAAUUAUUUUCGGUGUCCUCUCGAGUUCGAGCGACUGGGGCCAGUAGCUUGGUUAUAAGGCAUGCCCCGUACAGUACGCCCUCGGACGGGGGUAAGACGGAGAUGGUGUACCCGCCCAACCUGCCGGGGUACAAGUAUGUGAACGCAGAGGAUCCCAACAUGAGCAUGAAGGAAAUGUCCAACAGAGCUGCUCAGACAUUAUUCUGGACUGAACUGGCGAGAGGAUUUGCUGUCACCCUGGCUCAUAUUUUCAAGGAACCAGCAACAAUCAACUAUCCAUUUGAGAAGGGGCCUCUAUCCCCCCGCUUCAGAGGAGAGCACGCCCUCCGCCGUUACCCCUCCGGCGAGGAGAGGUGCAUUGCUUGCAAGCUCUGUGAGGCUAUCUGUCCGGCUCAGGCCAUUACCAUUGAGGCUGAAGAGCGUAAGGACGGCUCCCGACGAACCACCCGCUACGAUAUUGACAUGACCAAGUGCAUCUACUGCGGUUUUUGUCAGGAGGCGUGCCCCGUCGACGCAAUCGUAGAAGGUCCCAACUUUGAGUUCUCAACGGAGACCCACGAGGAAUUGCUUUACAACAAGGAGAAACUCUUGUCCAAUGGUGACAAGUGGGAGAGUGAGAUUGCUACCAACAUCAGAGCUGACCACCUCUACCGUUAAACAUGUUAUACUCUUUCCGUUAGUGUAAAUAGCACUUUUAAGACCUAUUUUGUAACAAAAGAAUACCAAAGUAGUUCACAAACAACUUUUGUUAUAAUGUUAACAGCAAAUGGAGAAAGAGAACAAGUGACUUGGUGCACAAAAUAGGCCUUGGAACUAGGAAUAUUAAAUUAUAUUGAUUUUGUGAUAAAUAAAAUGUCAUCUCAGUUAA